AUGGAAGGUAUGCUAAUGCAUACAGUUGCUGGUGAUCAAGUUGCCGCAACAUUACCACAAGCGCCAUCUCCACGACGUCGUAAAUGCAACUUAGAGACAAAAACUCCGACGCUAAUGGAUAUUUGGAUAAAUGGAGGACAUUUGCAUACUGAAUCAACCAUGAAGAAGGAAUUGAGUCCAGUUGCUACAUUUGUUGAUCAAGAACAAUCGUCUUGUGUAUUGCCGACGAUGGAGAAGAUAAAUUCACAAAUGUCGCCUGUAGUUUUUGAUUUUGCGACGACGUCACAAGGAAAGAGAGCAGCAAAAGAGGAUAAAGUUGAUGAAACGUUGAUACUACGAAGGUGGCUAGAGACUGAUACAAAAAUGGAGAAGAAGAUGGUGAAUUCGUGUGCGAGAACGAUUGGAACACAAGUAGAUAAUUUGCAAUGGAAGAAUGCAACUGAUGUGAUUGUAGCUGAGACGCAAUUGGAAACAGUAAAACAGGAACAACAGACUUUAUUACAGCGGCAGUCAAGUACGGAUACUGUUACAAUAGUAAAUGACAUGCAAGUAAAGUCAGGACAGAAGAGACGACUGCAGUCUACUGUAGUUCAAGCUUCUACCACACGUGUGAAAGCAGAAGAACCAAUGCUUCUGACACUGACACCAUACACAAGACGACGGUCUGUCACUACUGACGUAGUAUCAAAUUAUUCCGCAAGCAAAACGUUGAGGAAGGGGGCUGUUUCGGAUAGAAAAGCGGCACAUUUGAAUGUAGCACCCAAUACCUCGUCGGUGGCUAUUGAUAGCCAGACUUUGCAUGACAUUGAACAUGAAGCCUUUCAUGUCGGAGAUGUGGUGGAAGUAAUUGAGCGACAGUGGGUAGGUAUCAAUAAACAAGGUGGAGCAGCACGUAUUACAAAUGUUCAUGGAGAUGGCUUUUACGCCGUCAAAUUUGUAAUUGGGGGCAAGGAUAAUCGCGUACCAGGAAGCUUUAUCCGUCUGCCUGCAGAUGAAUUGAUUUCAGAUUCGACACCAAGUCGUUCUGCUAAAACUCGCCAACGUCGACGUGUCUCCGAUAAAAUGACUACAAGGGAUCAUCUAGACACAGAAGCGGUAGGGACUACGGACAGCAUGAAAACCAAAACAAAAAUGCCGUUGAAGACGAAUCGAAAACACUCGGGUAUGGUAUUUCUCUGUUCAGGAUUCAAAGAGCGGCGAAUGCAGCAGAUCAUUGAGUGGGCAGAAUUGCUUGGAGCCAAAGUUGUUCAGUACUGGUCCAAUGACGUGACCCACUUGAUUGCAAAAUGCGUUUGUAAAGAUGACACGGAGGAUAAGGACCCUUCGAUGGAAGAUUCUGAUUCUACGUCUUUGUCGCAGAGCCAUCAAAAUGGAAAGCGCAAAGUGUUUGGUGAGUUGAAGUCAGGUCGAUGGGUCAAGAUUCGGUCACUGAAAUAUCUCAAGGCCCUUGUUGGUGGUCGAUGGAUUGUGAGCGAUGAGUGGCUUCAAGCUUGUGCUGACCACGGUGGCUAUGUUAAGGAAGUAAGUUAUGAAGCCAACGGCUAUUGGAAGGGAUGGAGAAUUCUUGACGCCGUAAAGCGGUCGCGACUAACACGAGAAAAGCUUCUUCACCGAUCUUUAUCAGAUAUUGACCGCUCGACUAUCGGCACAAUGCUUUUUGCAGAUUUCUGCUUCCAUAUCAUUGGCGAGUUUCUUCCACCUAUGCCGUCCGCAAUAGAGUUGAAAACCUUGAUAUGCAUAGGUGGAGGAAAGGUGAUCGCACUCGCCCCGGACGAGAUGCACAUGCGGAAAAACCACGCACGGAAGCUUAUUGUUGUGUCCGAUAAGAUCAAUCCAAUUGCUCUGCGACAGCAGACAAGACAACUAAAAGCACAGCCACCAAUGAAAGUGAUAUCAUCGGCGAUCAUUGUAAGUUACCUCUGGGUGAUCAACAGCAUCAGUGAAGCAAACUUACGUGAGCUGCCUUCAUUCUAA